AUGCCGGUGACCUUCGAGGAGGUGGCUGUGUAUUUCACCCAGGGGCAGGGGGCUCUGCUGGACCCCGCUCAGAGAGCCCUCUACAGGGAUGUCAUGCAGGAGAACUACGAGACGGUGACCUCGCUGGGUGCUGAGCGAGGGAGUGAGAAUGAGGAGGGGAAUCAUCAUGAGGAAGUUCCCGGGGAAGUGGAACCACAGGGGACCUUUAAAAGUUUCAUACAGAGGUCACACCUUGUUAAACAUCAGGCAAUCCACACAGAAGAAAGACCCCAUAAGUGCUUGGACUGUGGGAAAAGUUUCAUAAGAAAGUCAAACCUUGUUAAACAUCAGGCAUUACACACAGGAGAAAGACCACACAAGUGCUUGGACUGUGGGAAAAGUUUCAUACAGAGGUCAAACCUAGUUCGUCAUCAGGCAAUCCACACAGGAGAGAGACCCCACAAGUGCUUGGACUGUGGGAAAAGUUUCAUGAGAAGGUCACACCUUGUUAAACAUCAGGCAAUGCACACAGGAGAGAGACCCCACAAGUGCUUGAACUGUGGGAAAAGUUUCAUAAGAAGGUCAGAUCUUGUUAAACAUCACGCAUUACACAGAGGAGAAAGACCACACAAGUGCUUGGACUGUGGGAAAUGUUUCAUACAGAGGUCACACCUAGUUCGUCAUCAGGCAAUCCACACAGGAGAGAGACCCCACAAGUGCUUGGACUGUGGGAAAAGUUUCAUAAGAAGGUCAGACCUUGUUAAACAUCAGGCAUUACACACAGGAGAAAGACCACACAAGUGCUUGGACUGUGGGAAAUGUUUCAUACAGAGGUCACACCUAGUUCGUCAUCAGGCAAUCCACAAAGGAGAGAGACCCCACAAGUGCUUGGACUGUGCGAAAAGUUUCAUACAGAGGUCACAACUAGUUCGCCAUCAGGCAUUACACACAGGAGAGAGACCCCACAGCGCCAUCUGUCUGCGGGAAAUGGAGUCCGAACUGAUGAGGAGUAUGCUGACUUAUCUCGUCAGCACAUCACGUUUGGCUGUCGAACUAUUCCUUAAGAUCCAAAGUGACAGUGAGAGUGAGGAGUCUGACGAUGCUAUCAAGCCGCGGAGCCUUGACAGCAGCAAGGAACGGUUCAACUACAGGCUGAGCCGGUGCCAAAUGACUAUGGAGUGUGCCUUUGGCCGUUUAAAGGCCCGCUGA